AUUUUCUUUAGUCAUUCUAGUGAAUCGUAUCAUGUUCAAUCAUUUGCCUGAUGAAAUAGUAUUACAUGUAUUGAACUAUUCCCAGACAGAUCUCGUCACUUUGUGUUCCCUUGCUACAGUUUCCAGGCGGUUUCGCCGUCUUGUAUGUAGUAUUUUGCAAUGCACCGUGUUACCGGCUAUUCAUCUGACAACCUCCAUGGACCAAGAAGGUCACGGGUGUGCAACAGGGUCCUAUUAUUUUUCUCACCUUGAUCCAGUCUCAUUACAAACUACCUUUACAGUGGCCACGCUUUCCCCACGCAGGUAUGUCUGUGACAGCAGUAUGCAAGCGCCCAGGUUGCGGCGACUUGCCAUGAUCGAUACACGGUCGAACCCCACGUGGUCUUUACGGUGUUCAGCAGACACCCGACCAUGCCGUGAUAAUGAUGAUGGUGAUGAUAAAGAUAAGAAGCGUCGGUUAGAAAUCGUCAAAGCAUGGGUAACACGAUCCACCAGGGGUCGGUCGUCCCUACGACCUCCCCAUUCGGAAAAUUCAGUUUGGUUCCCUUGUCAGCCACUCAAGCUAAAAAAACCGGGUGUUCAGGUUUUGCACGUAUCUCAGCGAUCGUUGCUAAAACGGGAAGCCCAAUGGAGUUUUGUCUAUCAUGUUGGUCUGAUGGAUACAAAGUGGCGGUGUGAUCAGCCACCACCACCAUCACCACGACCAGCGGCAACGAGCCGCGAACGACUCACCGCGCAGUACAUUAUUCCACUUUCAAUUAUAAUCAACUUGACGGUGCUAUCUCAAAUGCAGCACCCACCACAGGCUGCACCACGAACCCAACGGAUCUUGCAGUGGGUCAGCGCCCAAUGGCCCGUCAUUCAACGUCCGAGACCUUGCUCAUGAUCGGAGUAUAAAAAUUAUCCAAGGAUAGGCUAUGCUAACCGAUUUUGGUAACGAUCACUUUCUCAAUAAAAAACGACAACGGCC